AUGGACCAAGAACCAAACACAGCCCAGCACUAUAUUGAGUGUGACACAGAAUCAUGUAGGAACUUUUCUGAGUUUUAUUGCAACACCUGUCACCAGCGAAUCUGUCCACAGUGCAAACAACGCCAUCUUGAGCAGAACAAAGGACAUGAUAUUGCCCUCUAUGAAAAGAGAAAGAGAAAACUUCCUUUAGAGAAAUGCAACAUCCACCCAACAGAAGAUAUAGAUGUUUACUGUGAUGAUUGCCAGGAUCCUGUCUGUUUUUUAUGCUUUUUUUUUAAUCACAGUGAUCAUGAUAAAAGUGACCUUGAAACCAUUUACAAUGAUAUUUUACAGCAAUGUCGGAAGGAAAUAACAGAGAUCUUGAAAAAAGACAUUCCUGAAGCUAAAAAUAAUGUUGGAUCAAUUGAGGAAAAGAGAGAAAAUGUCAAGAAAGAAUUUGCCAAGUUAAGAGUUUCCAUGCAUGAGAGAGCAGAUGAACUGAAGAUGGCUGUUGAUAGUGUACUUACUGAUAAUAACAAAAAACUGGAUGAGAUCGAGAACUCUGUCCUUAAUGAUAUGGUGAAACAACAGAAGGAAACAGAGGACUACAUAGAAUACCUGGAAAAAAUGAUUGCAGACUACGAAACUAGAGUGUCAUCCAUAACACACACUGAGCUUAUGAAGUUCCAUUUAGACAUUGCAUUGGCUACCAUGAAUAUGCCUAACAAAUCUAAAUCUAAACUUCCAACUUUUACAUUAGGUACACUAAAUGAACAAGAAAUAGCCAAACAGUUUGGUGAAAUAGAACUAGAUUUAUCAGAAAGGUUUAAACUUUCGUCUGUCACAAAAGUAAGUGAAAAAACUAUCCGCAGAGCAGGAACUUCUCAUUUGUCUUUCUUACCCCCAAACAAAUUCUGGGUCAGUGAAAGUAGGGGGAAUAUCAAUCAGUAUGAUACGGAAGGAAACAUCUUACAUAAAAUAUCCACCAUUGUUUUGGAUUUCCAAGGUAAUCACACAGUCACAACAGAAGGAGAACUUCUUUACACAGAUUACAGUAAAAACACUGUCUGUAGAGUAACUAGUGACAAGUCUUUAAACAAACUUAUCCAGACAGGGAGCUGGAAACCUGGAGCUAUCUACUCCUCUCCUAUCAAUGGACACAUAUUGGUUGGGAUGGAGGGAAAUUAUAGAGAAACUAAAAUAACCAGAUACAACAGAAAUGGCAGGAAGUUACAGGACUUACGGUUGAAAGUUAAGGGAAAAACUCUCUACCAAGGUGUAAACUACAUCACUUAUUAUAAUUUACAUCAAAUUAACUACAUCACAGAGAACAUUAAUGGUGACAUUUGUACAUCUGAUAGUAGUUCCGGUAUUGUUGUGGUGGUAACCAGAACAGGAGAGAACCGGUUCACUUACUUUGGUCAAAAGCCUCAGUAUAGAAUCUGGCCAAGGGGAAUCUGUACAGAUGUCCUAGGACACAUUCUUGUGUGUAAUGGCUAUCAAACAUUUGAUGAGAAUUACUCUAGUGUCCACUUGCUGGACAUCAAUGGUCAGUUCCUGUCUUUUCUACUCACACCAAGACAAUGUCCUUCACUUCCCCGUGCUCUCUGUAUUGAUGAUCAACACAAUCUCUGGGUCGGGGGAUCAAAAAGUUCUACUGUCUCUGUGUACAAGUAUUUGCAAGAAACAAAACAAUAA